UCCCUUGUCUCAUCAUCAGAGCGACGUGACAACAACUUCUCACACGGACAGACAAAAAGACUGUUGCAUUGAGAACAGGACUCUAGCUGACUUGCAAACUGGAUACAGGAACACAAUGGUGGAGCAGCUGUUGUUCGAUCAGGAAAACAGGGAUCGGAUCCACAGUGUUGAGAACUCAUUUGGGCCAUCAGGGAAGCCCCUGUCCCAGCCAGGUCGGGUUCUAAUUGGACAGGGCCGGCUGAUGAAGCAGAGCCGUCGGGGUACACAGCCUAAAGUCUUCUUCCUCUUCAAUGAUGUCCUGGUGUAUGGCAGCAUUAUCCUAAACGGCCGCUGGCACAACAAACAGAAGAUCAUACCUUUAGAGGAUAUCCAGCUGGAGGACUUGGCAGACGGAAUGAGAAUGAAGAACCAAUGGUUGAUUCGCACACCACGCAAGUCCUUCUAUGUGGCAGCCUCUUCAUUCGAGGAGAAGUGUGCCUGGAUGGAACACAUAAAGGACUGCCAUUCAAGAAUACUGCAAAACGGUGGCCGCAGGUCAACGUCUACGUUCGCCGUCACCUGGAUCCCUGACCAGGCGUCUGCCAUUUGCAUGCGCUGUUCUGACAAGUUCUCUGUGACCCAACGUCGACAUCACUGCAGAAAAUGCGGCUUUGUGGUCUGUGGUGCAUGCUCCACGAAGCGAGCAGUGAUCGGACACAUUCACCCAACUAAGUGUUUGCGGGUCUGUACUAUUUGUCACUCGAGUCUCGAGUCGAGUACAGAGGCAGAGGCCCAGGAGAUGUCUCGUCUGAGGGGAAGCAGCACCGAAAAGACAGCCUCAGAUGAAGAUGAAGUGGAGGGGUCCUGUGAAGAAGAGGAGGCAGAGGAACAGGUGGAGGACCAUGACCCCAGCACAUGGAUGAACUCCUGGUCCCCCUAUGUCUACCUCAAAGCAGAGCAUGUGAGGCCACAAACAUGAACACAUCAAGAGAGCCACGGUUACUCAGAAUGGACCUUUGUUGCACUUCUUUAAUAUGGACACGAUACUGUCGCAGCUUUGUGCAGUAGGAGCAAUUUAAACUCAGAGACUCAUGACAGCAAUGUGGAAAAAAUGUUUUGUACAUAUCCUACAUCGAUAGUUUGUCAUCACCGUUCUUUUUACUUGAUGGAAACACUGUUGCUGUAUAAUAAUGACUGUGAUCUUUAGAAAGGUCUGUUGUAUGUGUUUGUGUGUAUAUCAGUAUUUGUGCAUAUGAGAGCAUUUGGAUUUAACAUCUGCCUGACAUUUGUCUUUAAUGUGAACUUUCAAAAAUAAAGUACUUCAAAAAUA